UCGCUAACAACCCUAAGCAUCACCACCACUACUAACACAGCCUCCUCCUCUCUUUCAAUCAAAAUGGCUAACCCAAGAGUCUUCUUCGACAUGACCCUCGACGGCGCCCCCGCCGGCCGCAUCGUGAUGGAGCUUUACGCCGACACGACGCCGAACACCGCCGAGAACUUCCGCGCCCUCUGCACCGGCGAGAAAGGCGUCGGAAAGAAGGGAAAGCCGCUCCACUUCAAGGGAUCGGCAUUCCACCGCGUGAUCCCCGGGUUCAUGUGCCAGGGAGGCGAUUUCACCGCCGGGAACGGGACCGGCGGGGAGUCGAUCUACGGCGAUAAGUUCAAGGACGAGAACUUUGUUAAGAAGCACACCGGGGCGGGGAUCCUCUCCAUGGCGAACUCUGGUCCCAACACCAACGGAUCUCAGUUUUUUAUCUGCACCGCGGAGACGUCGUGGCUCGAUGGGAAGCACGUGGUGUUUGGGAAGGUUGUUGAAGGUAUGGAGGUUGUGAAGGCGAUUGAGAAGGUUGGAUCGUCUUCUGGGACGACUAAGAAGAAGGUUGUUGUUGCUGAUUGUGGUCAGAUCUGAGUAAUCUGAUGAUGAAUGUUAUCUUUUGCUUUUUUAAUGUUUUUUUUUAUUUUCUGAUCGUUCGAGUUUGUAAAACCCUGAGGGUUUUUUGGAUUUGACUGCCUUUGAAUAAUUUUGAAUAACUAUGAGCUUUUUAUUUAUUAUU